AUGUGGAUUAGGAAUUCCAACUUUGGUCGAUUGGCUCCUAAUCCAAAGGUGGCAGUGUUGCGAAUCUCUGACACCAAUUUUAUCAAGUUGAUCUUCGACAAGACUGUCAAUUACCAAACGCAGAGAAUCUACCUGAAGAACGUUCCGUUGGAUGCGAUUCCGAGGAACUUGAACGCAAUGCAGAACUUGGUGUCAUUCGUGGCUAAGGAAAUUCCACUUCAAAAGUUCAACUUAAGCCAGUUCAAUGGACUCAACAAGCUUCAACGCAUCACCAUCAGCAACAACUUAACCUCGAUCGCGAUCGGCGCAGUCGACCUACCAGCACUGAUCUCCCUAAACUUCCACUCCAACCAAAUCCAAAAGGUUCCCCGAGACAUCUCAACCCUCAAAUCCCUCGAAAUGCUAAACUUUUGCUUCAACAAAAUCACCCACCUGGAUAUGAGCGUCUUCAACGGACUGGACUUCCUCCAAGAUCUCAAAAUAAGCCACAACCCCCUGCUGAUCAUCAAUUCACCCGUCAAUCUCCCAGCAUUGCAGCACCUGCACCUGCAGCACAGCCAUCUGGAGCGGCUGGACGUGGCACUGUGGCACAUGCCAAAACUAGCAUCGAUGAACCUCAACUGGAAUAACCUUACGCAGGUGACUAAUUUGCAGGGACAAUUCCCGAAGGGGAUGGUCGUGUAUGCCGCUGGAAAUGAGUGGAACUGCACGUGGUUGAACGAGGCCGCGAAAGUUGUGGUGAUCGAUCAGCAGGGUCGUCCACGGUGUUAG